UCGAUCACGUUUUUGCCAGUCACUUCCGAGCUAUACCUAGGCUUGCUCCGCGUACUUUCUCCAUCCUACAACAACACAAUUGCUUCAGCUUCGACGCCAAGCUGCUGUCGAUCCUUGCUUCACACAACGCGACUGGACCUUCCAACUCGGCACCUCUCAUGUCUUCGGAGCAGAUGAUGGAAACAGAGGACUUGGCUUCCCAGAAAAGAAAGGCCUCCGCCUCGCCAUCUCCAGAGGAUGGCGUGGCUGCUAAGCGCACCAAACUGGAGGACGAGAAUGGCCAGGACAAGAUCAGUGAGACUGUCGAAGGGGAAGCGAAGCCAGAAACCGGAAAGACAGAGGAACCUGUGAACGAUUCGACGGGGGAGCCGGCCGGCACAACGAGGGAGGAUCACGCCUCGUUGCAUACCAAGGACGAUGAUCAUGCAAUGGAGAACGAGGCUGUGGCACGCGCCGACGAGACCACAGUUCAAAGCCCAGCCACUACUAGGAGAGAGUCCGACGCGCAAAAGGAGCAGGCCGCACCGCCGUCUCGAAAGGCACCACUUAGCCCCGAACAAACGCGGAAGAAUGUUAGCCUGGAGGAGAAGAAACGGGGUAGGCGCUUAUUUGGUGGUCUCCUCAACACGCUAAGUCAGACUACGCCCAACAACUCGCAGCAAAAGAGGAGAAAGGAGAUCGAACGCCGCCAGCAGGAACGAGUGCAGCAGCAGAGAGUCGAGGACGAUAGGCGCAGAACCGACCUGCUUGCUGAGCGCAGACGCUUCCGGGAUGCCAAGCAGGUGGACUUCGAAGAGCGAAUGAUGCACCGGCGGCAUGAAAAGAUGCUUAUUUUGGCUCACAGCUUACGGACCGUCAGCGAGCCUGUAGUGUACUACAAACCAUGGGAGCUUACCAAAGAACAAGAGGGCAUCAUCGAUGAACAAAUCCGCGAAGCCGAGGAGACCAUCGCCAAGGAGGUGCGCCAGUUCGAACUUAAACAUGGAAGGCCGCCAAAGACUGAGACCAAGGUCCAGUCAAAGUCCGAGAUCCAACCACCGCCAUCAACCGGUGAUGAUGAGGACGUCCGGAAAGAACAAGAUACAGUUGGUGAGCAGCCUAACAAGUCUUCAGAAGAUGCUAACCAUGGUGCUGUUCCGUCAUUGCCAUCGGACGGUAUGCCGCCGCCAGCAGCAGCAGCAGCAGUACCCUUGAGCACAAGCACGGGCGAUGACAAGGGCGUUACUGCCGCUAGCAUUGAUACUACCACUCAUGACCAGGACCAUGAUGGAGACGAGAUGAUACAAGACGGGGAGGAUAUGGUCAUAUACUAGAGGUAACUUUACCUAUUCCCACUAUUGCAAAAUAUCCCGGUCUGGGUCCAACCUGUCAGUUUUGUCUUGGGUUGUGGUUCCAAAGCAACGGUUUGAGUUUCGAAAGCCAGCUGGCUGGCCGAUGUCAUAUCAUCAUCUAACUUUGGGGCCGUAUAUGUGAAAGUAAAGGAGCAUCCCUGAGCCA